AUGAGGGUGGGCGCGGGUAUGCGGGGUUGGGGUCCGAGGGCGAUGCUGGUCCUCAUCCUCGUCCUCGCCGGCCUCGACGUCGCCGCCCCGCAGCACAUGAGCGCGGGCGUCGAGAACAAGGCCGGCGCGACGAUCCCAUCGUUCGCCAUAUCCGGCCGCGACGCCGUCGUCGCCGUGCACGGCUUGAACUUUUGCCCCGGCGGGCCGCGAUGCGAGAACUGCGACUUCGAUCCGCCGCAGCAGCUGUGCGGGUUCGGCGGCGGCGACGACGGCGUGCGGUUCAUCAUGCGAUACGUGGACGAAUCCCACGUCGCGUGCGACGUCACCGCGGGUGAAUCCGCCAAGCUCCUCGGCUUCGCGUCCGCAUCCUACUCGCAAAACGACGGCGCGGACUGGACGCACCUCGAUCGGAGCGACAAUCUCGCGACGGUGAACUGGGCGACGGCGCCGGUGACGCGCCGCGCGAUCGCGCCGUUCCCGCCCGCGGGGAUACCGGUCACGCUCCAGGGCGAGAACAUGGUGCCGGACGUUCACGUCGCGCGCGUGGGGUGCGCGUUCGACGGGGGACCACCCGCGGAUGGAGGCGACGCGUCACAGCUGUCGUCGACGCUGACGCGAUGCGAGCCGCCCCAAACGACGGGACGACCCACCGUGCGCGUCGCCGUCGAGCCGCUGGGGACGCGGGGGGCCGGGGGGAUGGACGCGUCACCUCCAUCGUGGACGCCGACGCCGUGGGUGAUCCCGACGCGGGUCUCGACCGGGGUGGGCGAUGAUUUUGACGAGGGAUCGGGAUCGGCGGCGGCGGCGGCGGAGGGGGGCGGCGGGAGCGUCACCGUCGAGGUGAGCGUGUGGGACGACGCCCGCGCCGGCGACGGCGGCGGCGUCGACGCGGACGCCGCGCGCGAGCGCUUCGAGGCGUCCUCCGGCGCGCUCGGAUGUCGCUUCGGUACCGUUCGCGUCGCGAGCCGACCGACCCGUUCGCAGCCGCGAGGUUCGGGCCAAUCAGGAGCCGCCACCUCGGAAGGUUCGGUCCAAUCAGGAGCCGCCACCUCGGACGUCCCCCCACCGAUCGAUCGCGCGCUCGUCUCCCACGGGGCGCUCGAGUGCGUCGCGCCCGCGCUCGUCGCGGGGCGGACGGUCGCGUUGGCGGCGGGCGCUACGCACGCGGAGCUUCCGACUCGAUCCGGAUUGAUCGUAGUGGGUGACUCGUCGUCGCGAUCGGGGGGCUCGGGCGUCGCCGCGCCGGGGCCGAUGACGGCGCUCGCGGGUGCGCGCUCCUCGGGAUCGGCCACCGUGGACGGUGAGACGGUCGUCUUACUCGUCGGAUCCUUCGCGCCGUCGCGCGGGCUCGCGCUCGAGUGCGGCGUCGCCGGCCGAGGGUUCGAACAUUCAUCCGACGCAAGCUCCGGAAGCUCCGGAAGGAGCUCCGGGUCGGACUCUGGAAACCACGGGGACCGAUUGGACGACUCCCACGUCGAUUCCCACCGGAUCGGGUACGCGUGUACGCCCGGCGCGAUUCCCCGCGGGGGUUUCCACCGCCUCGCCGCGUGGCCCGCAAGUGCAGCGGUCAAGGCGGGCGAUCGUUGGUCCGCUUCGCCAACCUCGUGGUUCGACGGCGUCCAAUCGAUCGGCGUCGAGUUGCGCGUCGUGGAGGAACCCGUCGUGCUGUCGCAUCACCCGGUCGCGAUCGCGGUGGGAGGGGACGGGCACGCCAACGUCCCGCUGACGAUCGUCGGGGUGAACCUACCGGGCGGGGGGUCCGGCGCGGGCGGCAGUUACACGGGCGGCGGUCAGACGGCUGAGGACUUUGACGCGCGGUGCGUGGGUCACGUCGGGGCCCGCGGCGAACGCGGCGAACGCGUACGCGCGUCCGUCUCCGCCGUCGCCGUCACGGUCUCCUCCGCGGUGAUGAUAUGCCCGCCGUUCGACUGGGUGGACGAUCACGACUUGGGUUCGGCUCUCGCGGUGGAGGUUGGGUGGAACGGAGUGCCAGCGUCCGCCAACCCCACGUCGAGCGCGUACACGUCGGUCGAAGUUGAGAUUUUGCGCAUCCCCGCGUCACCCAACGGCGUGGCACCGACGUCCACGUCGGCGGUUGGUGGGGGCGUCAUCACCGUGGCGUGGUCGGAGGAUAGACCCGAGGGCGACGCCAUCUUCGUCGGCGCGACGUGCGCGUUUGGAACGGUGUCGGGAAUCCCGGCGAGGAUGUCGGCCAUGAAGGCGACUGAAACGGCCGAAACAGAAACGGCCCAAAAACGCCAAAGCGGUGCCGUCGUUCCGACGUGCGUGGCACCCGCCACCGGCGCCGCGCGCGUCGGGGUCCCGGUGAAAGUCGCGUGGCGAUCCGGAGCUUCGCGCGUCGUCGGGACGAUCGACUUUGCGCCGCCGGCUGUGCCGACGCCGGCGCUCGCGACGGACGACGCGGGCGGCACCGUCGUCGCCGCCGCCGCGACGGCGUCGUAUCCCGCCGCGUUCGCCGCGAACGGGGGUUCGCUCACCUCGGUUCGAACACAGCCGUGGUCUUUUGGUCGAACACAGCUGUGGUCGGUUCGAUGCGCUUUCUUCACGCCCGAGCGUCGCCUGGUCGUCGCGUACGAUUCGGCGCGCGUCGUCUCCUCCGUCGUCGCCACGUGCGAGGCACCCGCGAGCGCCGCGGUCGGGUCGGGCGGAUCCGUGGCCCUCGUCUCCGGGCGGUCCGCGGGUGCGGGGGGCUGGGACGUCGAGGCGGCGGUUGUUUCCGCAAUCUCCGAGUCGGCCAAGGCGUCGUCGGUGGGAUGGAUCGCGACGCCGGAGGUUUUCGACGUCUUUCCCCGCGUAGCCUCCGUCGCCGGCGGGCGGGCGAUAACCGCCCGUGGGCGAAGCUUCGGCGUGGCGGAGCGCGUCGGGGUGUGGGUGGGGACGAUCGGGCCGCUCCGCGCGCGUUCAAUCGACGACGACGACACAGCUGGCGGAUCGGGGGCGGAUCGGGCGCAAACGAACGGGGGUGAUCUUUUGGAAUUUUUCGCCCCCGCGGGGUACGUACGCGGGGCGAUGUCAGUCGCGCCGGUUUCCGUCGGCGCGACGGACGCGACGCGCUCCGGUAUCGAACCCGGCACCCCCGGUCUGCGGUACGCGCCGGCUUACCGCUGCGAGACGGAGGAAUCGUGCGUGGGCGUCGCGCCGGGCGCGGUGGCGGCCGCGGCGAGCGGCGAAAUCACGACGGCGCUCCUCUCCGGAGUUUACGACGGCGACGCGACGGUCACCGGUCACCUGUGGACUCGCGCGGGGAAACGACGCGUGUCGCUCACUUCGCUGACCCCGUUCGGCGCCUCCGGAUAUGGCCAAUCGUCGUUUACCACGUGGCGCGUCCCCGCCGUCUCCGGCGCCGGAUGGUUCGAGGUUUUCGUCGAGCUCGGCUCCGGCGACCGGGCAUCCGCGCGGAUCCUCGCGUUUCCCCCGCCGGCGGCGUCGUCGUCCGGGAUCACGCCCGGGGUGACGCCGGCCGCCGGCGGCGCCGUCGUCUGGCUCGCCGGCGCGGACAUGCGCGUGUUGAAUGACGGCGGAGUGGAUGGAAUUUCAAACGCGGCGUGCGUCGUAAAGUACGUCUCCGGGGAUGGCUCCGGAAACGUCUUCGUCGGCCAUCUCCGACCGGUUUCGUCCGCGAUCGCGGCGUGCGAGACCCCAGCGUUGCCCCGCCCGGUCCCCGCCGUCUCCAUCGCCGCCGGGGUGGUGGCGUACGACGACGACGGCGCGGACGAAACCGAGGGUGGCAAAGUUGGUGACAAAGUUGGUGACGAUGUUGGAGGACGAAGCGGCGGCGUCGGUCGCGGUCGCGUCGUGCGGGGGGGCGAGGCCGCGCCCGUCGCCGUCGCGCUCGCGCCGGUCUCGGCGUCGUCGGCAUCGACCCCCGCGGCGGUGCGAGGCGCGUGGGGGGGCGACGUCAUCGUCCUUUCCCUCACGCGGGACGUCUACGCUUCGUCCCCGUCCCCGUCCUCGUCCUCGUCCUCGUCCUCCGCUUCGUCCUCCGCUUCGUCCUCCGCUUCGGAUGCAGUCGGCGGGGUCGGCUGGGGGUGCCGCGUGGGCACCAUCGGCCCUAUAACGGGCCAACCGCAUCAUGGUGCGAGUGCGGGGUUUGACUCGACCGGGUCGACGGGACGGGGCGUGCGUUGCGUCGCGCCCGGAGCAGCGCCGGGGACCUACCCGAUCAUCCUCGCACCGCUCCCCGGAGGCUUCGCGGAUGCCGGGGACGAAAACCAAAACCCGCCCACGCUCGCCUACGCCCCCGCCAAGGCGUCGGCGUCGCCCCGCGACGGAUCCCUGUUCGUCCAGCCCAGCCGCAUCGUCGUCGGUUCUUCGUUCGUCAAUCAAAAGAUGAAGGUGGUUUCGGGAGACGCCUCGCUCGUUCCCGUCGCGUUCGCCGCCGCGGAGGCGACGGCGCGGGGAUUCGUCCCGAGCGGCGUGAGGUGCGUCGUGGGCGGCGCGUCGGACGUUGUCGGACGAUUGUCGGACAGCGACGACGCCGCGCUCGACGCGCUCCGCGAUGCGCUCGUCGCGUCCUGCGACGGCGCCGCCCUUUUCGGCGGCGGCCAUCUCCGCCCGGGAUUCACCGUCGUCCACGUCGCGUGGGUCCCGGGGGUGGGCCGUAACGGCCGUAACGGCGUCGCGGACUCGGAGCUCGUCGCCGGGGGCGUCGGGGGGGAGGUGAUGGUGGCGGAGCGACCGGAAGCGUCGACGUCGCGACCCGACGCGACUUUGGCGAGCGGAGGGUCCGUCGUCUUCGUCUCCGGCGCAAACUUUGUCGACUUUGAUGUCCUCGCGUCGGGUGGUGCGUUGUCGUGCGCCUUCGGUUCCGGCUCGAACGGGCGCGUCGCGGUGGACGUCGGCGACGGCGCGUGGGUGAGCUCCGCGUUGGUUCGGUGCGAGGCGCCGCCGAGCGCGGAUGCGUCGGCGUCGUCGCGCGCGUCGCUCGAGCCGGUGACGAUUACGACAGCUGUGCCGCCCUUCUCUGCUCGCGGGAUCUUCGCCGACCAAUCGGGACCUCUCGCGCGAUCCGACGGCAACACGCCCGACCGCGACCCGCCCGACGGCGAGUCCCCGGCGGGUACGGACGACCAGUCGGCGUUCAUCGCCCGCGUCCGCUCGGCGCCCUCGGUCCGCGCGGUGAGACCCGGGACGGUGGCUGAAGGCGGCGGCGACGCCGUCGUGUUUUCCCUCGGCGCGUCCCUCCCGCGACACGGGAGCGGCGGUCGGUGCUCGUGCCAGUUUGGAACCAUCGUCCGCAUCGCGACGUCGUCGUGCUGGGGCGGGGAGGCGCGGUGCGUUGCGCCGGCGAUGAGGCCCGCUCGCGGCGUUAAAGUUGGGUUUUGCUCGCACGAUCCGGCGUCGAUGGCGUGCUCCGGGGUUUGGGAUGGAAACUUUCUGGACGUCGCCGCGGGGUCCGGGAGCGCGGAGCACGCGGUGCCGUCGACGGCGGCGUCCUCCGUCGGCGGCGGCGCCGUCGCGGUUGGGGUCAGGGUGUCGCUCCACGGCUGGGGCCUUCGACGCGACUCCGUGCGAAGCGGCGUCGCGUCGUCGUCGGCGUCGGCGUUGGGGGUGGCGCAUCCGACCCUCUGCGCCGUCGCCACCGCGCCGACCCUCGUCGCGCCGGUCCCGGCGUCCGCGACCACGUCCUCCGACGACCGCGGGAGGGUCGAUUGCGUCUUCCGUUCGCUACCCCCGCCGGGUUUCCACGUCGUCACGCUCCACUCAUCGUUGUUUGCGGGAUCGGACGAAACUACUUUCGGAAACUCUGGAAACUUCGGCGGUGGCUCUGGAAACUUCGACGAUCGCGUCGGCGGCGGCGUUCAGAUGCUGGUCCGCGGCGCUCCCCGGCUCCGCGCGGCGUACCCGUCCAGGUCCCCCGCCGCCGGCGGCGGCGUCCUCUACGUGUCCGGCGGAGACAUGCACGGCGAUUGGUCCUCCGCGGAUUUCGCCGGCGACGUCGGCCGGGUGUGCGCGUUCGGCGGCGUCGCGUCGGCCGCCGCCCGCGUGGUAUCGUCCGCGUUGGUAUCGUGCGAGAUACCGCCGCGUCCGGGCGGGGAGAAGGAGGACGGCGGGGAGACGUACGGCGACGUCGCCGCGCCGCUCUCGGUGCUCACGCGCGGCGCCGACGGCGUCCAUCGCGGUUCCGAGGGGUUCGAAGGGAGGGACGAAACGAACGACGCGACCGGGCCAGCGGGAUCCGGAGUGAGCUCGAGUUCGUAUUCGAACCACUCGCUCGUCGCCGGCGGGUCGCUCUGGGUUGAGUACCUCGCCGACGGCGCCGGGGAUUCGACGGAUGGGUUCCCCAUCGAUCCCCCGCGGGGUCCGCUGGGCGGCGGCACCGCGGUGACCAUGCGGCUGUGGCGCGUCAGCGGCGGGUGGACGUUCGCCGCCGGGUACCGCGGCGCCGGGUGUAGGUUCGGGAGCGUGCAGGUGUCGGCUCGGUGGGCGGGGGGGUCGGACGUGGAGUGCGUGUCGCCGGGGAGGGGGUUGGUGAUGGCGGCGGUGGAGGCGUCGGUGGUGGCGGACUGGACGACGCACUCGUUCCCGCCGCCGAAGCAGGAGAUGGGGCGGGUGUUCUACAGGUACGUCCGCUUCUAGCAAAGGUGUUAGUCGGGCUCGUCGUCGUGACGAUGAGGGGUAUCGUCGUCGGAUGGGAUCAGACGACUAAAGUUAGUCUAUCGAUAGAUGAGCGUCUUUAAUUAAACGAGUAAGAACG